GGAGAGAGAGGGAGAGAGAGAGAGAGAGAGAGGGGGGGUGUAUAUAUAAUUGGGCGCAUGAUGUAAACAUGGAAUAAAAAACCGCAAGGGUGCAUUUUCCACUUCUCCGUCGCUCCUUGUCCAUUAUCGGCGUUCAAUAUUGCAUGAGGUCCUGACUAACAAAAGCGCGUCUGUCUGGACGGCUGGGGGGGGGGAGUGUGCAGGGAGCAUAAGUGAGAAAGGAGGAGACAGAAGAGGAGUUGAGCUUUGUUUCAUCCGCGCUUCAGAAAGGAGGUUCGCGAGUUGCUCUUUUCUGCUUUUUGGACCCAAACCUCUUCACUGAGUCGCGGGGUCGACAAGUGGAGAUCCCCCCCCACCCUUGUCUUCAAUCCAUCUGAUUAAUUUAUCUCGUGGUUGUCUGGGUUUUGGACUGGAGCAUGAAGCCGGGAACAAACACGCCAAUAUGUUGCAUCCCUGAGGUAGACGUCCCCAUGGGUGAGGCCCACUGAUCCAAACACCCCAACACGCCCCCCCUUUCAUCCCUCCCCCCUGCCCUCCUCUGUCACCUCUGAACGCUGCCUCCCCCCUUGACUCAAGCCAUCAUGACUUCUACCAGCAAGCUGCUGGGUUUGGUGGAGGUGGGGCUGAAGUGCGACCAGGAGAUUGAGAGGAGGUACGAGAUUGUGCCCUCGGUGGUCUGCUCCAUGUGCUGCCUCUUUGGAAUCAUCUACUGCUUCUUUGGCUAUCGAUGCUUCAAGGCGGUGUUGUUCCUCACUGGCCUGAUGUUCGGCUCCGUGGUCAUCUUCAUGCUGUGCUACAAGGAGCGGGUGAUGGACACUCAGCUGAGCGUGGAGGCCUCAGUCGGCAUCGGCCUGGGCAUCGGGACCCUGUGCGGCCUGGUGACCAUGCUGGUCCGCAGCGUGGGGCUGUUCAUGGUGGGCCUGCUGCUGGGCCUGCUGCUCGGAGUGGCCUCGCUGGUGGUCAUGGAGGAGUUCUAUCACCCCAAAACAGUGUGGGUUCCUCUGGGCAUCCUCCUGGGCUCCGGGACGUUGUUCGCCGUCCUCACACUUCAGUGGCAGUGCUGCUUUGUCACCCUCUCCACCGCCACGUUUGGCUCCGCCAUCAUCACUGUCACCGUGGAUUACUUCAUAGAGCUGUUCGCCUUGGUCCACUAUGUCUACGAGAGACUCAGGGUGGCGCCAAAGAAGCCAGUGUGCUGGUUUACGUGGGUCAUCUUGGGGGUGUGGCCUGUCCUGGCCCUCCUCGGAGUGCUGAUCCAAUGGAAAGUCACUGCAGAGGGAUUUUCUCACACAGAGGUGGUUUUGAGUCGACAGCAGCGAAGGGUCCAGCUUAUGCGCAUCCGACAGCGUGAAGAGAAGCUAAAAAAGGAGCGGGAGAACAAGAAGGGGAAGAAACGACAGACUCCGAAACGGCCACAAGCAGAAGGCCCAAACCCAUCACCACCACCACCACCACCAGCACCUGGCUACCACCGCAAGGUCAACCCUAAAAGACGCUUCGAUGGAGACGUGCUGUCACCGAGCUACAUCAGGAGUUUCAGGGACAGGCAGACGGACAGACGGGUGUACUCCAACAGUCGCAUGAUGAGCCGCUCCCGGAUGGCCGAACUCGACUACGACUGCGGCUCGCAGGUGCCCCUCACGGCCCCCAGCUGCCCCCCGGUCCGCAUCUGAGGCGGCGAAAUGCAUAAAUCCACUCAAACGGUCGCACAAACACAACAAGGCUGCUUGAAGACACUUUGUCGCAGUUUGGGAUAGAAAACCUGACCUCACCGUGCCAACCUAAUGAACUGCCUAUCCCAACAGGAUGAGUUCCUGAGAUGGCUGGAUUGAGUCCCACACUGGUUUGCUCCUCUCAGACCUGUUAAAGACAAACAGAGCAAGAACUGAUUGCUGUUGAAGGCAAUGUGGUCAAAUCUCUGGCAUCAUGAGUUAUUUCCAGCUGUAUCUGACUCUUUUUAAUUUUGGGGUUGCUUCAAGCAAUAAGAAGUAAAAAUCCAUUGGGAUCAAAUAAAAAAACCUUAAAACGCUAAUGUCUCUAUGCGCGGUUGUGCCAUUUAAGAUAAAACUGUCGUGCGGCAUUUAAAGAAUCAAGGUAAGAAAGGAUUUCAGAGCUCUCAGAAGAAAACAAUAAAACAACAGCUAAUACUAAAACAGAGAGGCAGCUCUUCGUUAUUUGCUCCAAUGAAAGGUCAAACAAGGUUUUCAUGAGCCUGUUAUCUUCACUGACAGUCUGUGAAUCCAGACUUGGCAACAACUGUCUUGCUUCAAAAUGCAGAAACAAAGACAGUUUUUUAUGCCGUUUCUCCCACGAACGCUCCGUUUUCCAAGGAGAAUGUGCUUCAUCUCGCCGCUUUCCUCGUGCCCUCAGUUGCCAACUGGACGUGAGCAGGAGACACCUCCCUUCUUCUUUCUUUCCACUGACUUUGAAGCAAUUGUGUAUAACUCUGUUUGUUGACAUGUCUCCAAGUGCUCCCAUGUCCCCAUGAUUUCCCCAAAACAAUCUACAUUUACAGAUCUGUUUAAAAUGCUGUAAAAAACAAUUAAGCGUUGUCUGAUACAUGGUCGUCUAGGAAACUAACUCGUUGAUGUGAAAGGGGCCGAAACAAGACAGUGAAAAUGUUAAAUAUAGUGUGUUUUGUGUGUGUGGACACAUGAGCCCUGUGGCAAGUGAUGGCUUGUACCAAAUAUCAGCCAGAGACGGGGGGGUUCAUGGUGAUGUAUGUAAAAAUCUAUUCUCCGUUGUUUUCACUCUUUUUUUACUCGAUAUAUUGGUCCAGUUAAAAUGAGAAUCUUUUUGUUUAAAAGACUUAAAUGAUGAAAACACUGAAGAGCAAAAGGGGAUUUAGAAAGGGGGAUAAUCUCCUGUAAAAGAGACUGAGUGAAAGUGAAAAGCAUCUGCAAUGGGCGCCCUCUACUGUUCACUACUGGACCUGCACCUUUUAUGUGUGAAUAUGUUUGUGUGCACAUGCAUUACAUACCUUUCGCGUGUGAUUCGCUUUUACAUUCAGUUGUGGUAACACUGUUGUUGUGGUGAAGAUGCAGUUUGCAUUUUCAGUACAACAGAACUAUUUUUGUUUUUUUCAACCUGUUCUGUUGCUUCCCACAAUAAACAAUGUUAUCAUUCCAACUGAGAUUAAAUGUUGCUGUAAAAAUAAAGGCACUAAAAUAUCCCGAAAAACGAAAUCUUCCGUAACAGUUUUGUCUUUUAUUUAUUUUAUUUGAAUUUUUUUUUUGAAAAACAAAACAAUCCUACAAUACUUAAAUACUGAAGUACUUCUAAAUACUGAGAUGGGGCUUGGCUUCAGCAGACUUUGCAGUUCUUCGUGUGAUGAACUCGGGACCGGAGGACUUUCACUUGAACCCAUUACUGCAUGAGAAUCUCUGUGUAACUAUGUGUCAGUGUUUCCGUGUGUCACUGUUGUCAUGUAAAAAUACUUCUGAUUUCCAGUUUUAUUUUCCUAGGGUGCACAAAACACUUUCAGCAUUGAUUGAAUGGAGUUCAACUUGUAGAAGGAUGUUGAUCUGAAGUGAUGUGCAGGAUGCAGGAGUGAGCAUCCUAAUCUGAAUAUUUUCAUUCAGCCCUGGUUUAGAAAAAAAAAAGAAAUUUAUAUCUGUGUUACAAGAUUAGAAAAAAAAACUAAAAGCACCAAAAUAUUCAGUCUCAAUGAAAAGAUACGACUGCUGAGUUCUUCUUCUUCUCCUGCUCUUCCUCCUCCUCUUGCUGCUUCUUCUUCUUCGCCCCUCCUCCUCAUUGUUCUUCAUUCUUCUUCUCAUCCUCCUCCUCCUCCUCUUCUUUUUCUUCAUUUACACUGUCCAGGUAAAGGGCUUUGAAAAGCCAUUUGAAUCAUUUCACUGUGAUAUGCUAAGUCACCCUCUGUUCUGCUCUAUGCGUCUGUAUGUAAGUGGCUGUUCAGGUGUUAUUCUGGGUUUUGCUUACAUUCCAGUCCUGUUCACUUCUGUGGUUUCAUUGUGGUGCAGUUGUGACACCAUCACUGUCCUUGGAAGCAAAAUGUUAAACUUUGACCUUUGUCUUGCUUGUAACCUGGGGACAAAGUGAAUAAUUGUUCUCCUCCUCUUCUUCCUUUGAUUUGCUUUUCUUCCUAUCAUUCCCUGUGACUGCUUCUCACUUGUGAGUAUAUGUUGGGAUAACGCCUUCAUUGUAGAUACUGAACUGUAAAUAGUUUUUAAAUGUACAAAUGUUUGGUUCUGUUUUCAUGUUUUACACCACGAUCGCUUAUGUCAUGGAAAUGAUCCAGCGGAUUAUUUUCUCAUGGAGUAGACUUGUUUUAUAUUGCGUUGUAUGACACUGUAUGUCCAGUUGGUUUCAUUUGGCUGGGCGGUGGAUGCACUUCUAUCAUUCUCCUCCUGUCUCAUCCAUGUGAUGCUGAAAAUCAACUAUAACAAACUGAGCCUUGACUUUUGAUUAUCAGCAGUCAUUAGCAAUUCAUUCAUUGCGAGAUGAUGAAUAAUGAUGUUCCGACCACCCUGUUUAUUAUUAUGAUUAUUAUGAUUAUUAUGAUUAUGAUUAUGAUUAUUAUUGUCAUUGUUACUGCGCAUGAAUUUAUAUGGACCUAAAAUAUGAUAAACAUUGUGAUUCUACAACCUAA